CAAAAAUCCAUCUGUAGCAGAAGUUCAGCCGACGUUUGGCUGCUGCUGCUGCAGUGACUACGGCCAUAGACACAAUCGACGCUUGCCACAUUGUGAUUAGGGAGCAUCGGUGAUCGUGUGCUGUUGUUUAUCUAUGAGACAAGGCUUAAAACGAGUUCAUUGCCCAGGGACUAUAAUAGUACUAGCGUAACUCGCCCCUCCAUCUAAGGAAGCUAUUCGUGAGCGUCACUUCGAUGUGCCGUCGGUCGAAACUGGAAGUUUUCCUGUAUUUUGGCUAGUAAAGGUGUUCAAUACUAAUAUUUGCUCAUAUACGGCUCGAGUAUGUGUUUUGGAUGACAUAUAAAAGCUUUACUUGACUAACAGGACUGGCAGGAAAUUGGCGAAGCUAGGACUAUGUAUGUCGAUGCACGAGGAGAGUUCGUUUGUAUUUGUGGCCAAAUUUUCAAUUCGAAUAUAUAGGUGAUUGCAACACUAUCGGACCUCUAGUAGCUGCAUGUAUUUUUACGUCAGUGGAAAGAAAACGAUAGUCAUUCAAGCUUAUCAAAAGGACAAAGUGAGCACGCGCUUAAGUGCACGUUAACGAAUAGUACAACACAGUAAGGACAAUACGUCUCGUUUUGUAUUUAGCUAACUUGUACAAAGUAACUUGAAUUGCGAAUCGAAGACGAGCAGGCCAACUGCCGUUCAGAGCAAAAGCAUGGCGUUCUCAGAAACAACGGAAGCAAGUGAGGCACGUAGAACAGUAAUUGGCAAAGUCACAACCGCACCCUCAGCAGCUCAAGACGCAGCGAAAGAGGUGUCCGAUGAAGACUCAGGGGUCGAGAUGAUUCUGGAGUCUAGACAGUCUUCAUCGUCAUGCCCAUCGUUUUCACCAGCAUCAUCCAUAAUCACCCGCAAAUAUCUUUUGCAGCACCAACGGAAAACGAUUCAUCCAAAAGAGCGGAGUCACUCCGAGCUGCAACACAGCUUCUGCAGUGAUUCCAGUGUUAGCGAUCAGGAACGGCCGGGUUCCCACGACUCAGGCUUACGACUGGGAACCAUCAGUCCGGACGGAAGCCUCGAUCUCAGCUUCAAAAUAGGUACUGAAACGUUCAGCACCAUUUCACGAGUGUCUAAUUGCGAUGUAGGUGUCUCUCGCGGCAGUUCACUAUCCUCGUCAAGGCCAGCAUCUAUCAACGUCGUUGUUGCAAGCCAGCCUAAAAGGAUCAAGCUAGAAAGUGACAGCCAAGUCGUGCGGCAGCGACGUAUAGAGGCCAAUGCGAGAGAAAGGACUCGAGUUCACACCAUAGGGGCGGCUUUCGAAUCUCUCCGAAAAGCGAUACCUGCCUAUUCUAACGGGCAGAAGCUAUCCAAGCUAGCCAUUUUGCGGGUAGCUAGCUCGUACAUUCUGGCACUGUCAUCACUACUCGAAGAUAGUCAUGAGGGCUUCGAAGAUGCUGUGCAAGCAUGUUCAUCAGCCAUCCAUCUCGAUGGCAAAGUGCGUAAAAGAUAGCCGACGGAACAAUGCGAUAAUGAAUUCCAUAAAUCCACCCACGACUGUCGAUAUGAGCCAAAUGAAGUAGCUAACGAGAACGACACAUGCGGCCAUUCGUACCAACGUAUCAUCACCAUUGUGUUGAAUUAAUUAAUCGAGACAUGUCUGCUUGCCUAACUACUAUACGUUUGACCCAGCAGCCACUGAUAAUGCAACUGCCGUAGAUGCCCAGCUCGAAAAAUUUGCCGAGGUCCAAGUAGCGGCGUUAACGUCAGCAACGCCAAGAACCAUUGCCGCAGCGUUUGCACACUCCGGGCGUUGUUAGUAAUUCAAGAUCGAGUAAACAACAUCAAGGAUGCGUAAUACGUGCGCCUUAAUUGCGUAGUAAAAUCCAUCAUGCGAAAUAAUUUUUCCAGCCGGCGGCUGAAGCUUAUCAGACUUACGAACCAAUAACCGCGAACGGGGGUCGUAGCAAAGCAGACUGACAGAUUUGUAGUUCAAGCCAUAGAUUGGCAGCGUAGAAAUUGUUCUUGCUGCUUCUUAACAGUCCAUGUGCUGGGACAGAUCUGUUUGCAGGGAGCCAUUGCGGACACAGAGAACUCGCACAUUCCGUAUAGAGAUACGAACGACAGGUCAACCGGCGCGCUCACGCAUUCAGAACCUCCUAUGUACUCAGGCAACGUGAAAAAUCGAUAUGACGGUAUUGUUAACCGUAGGCGAAGGCCACAUGAAGGUCCACUAAUCUUUAUAAAAUAAAAAAAGAAACGCUAUAUAAAAGGAGGUAAAAUAUCGUAUAACGUAAUGCCGAAUUAACGGAGGACGUCGGUACUACCCGGUAGAGGUUAACAAAAUAGCACUUACAAUCUAUUAUAGAUUACGUUUAUAAAUUUCUCAUAUUCAAUGUAGACUGCCAAGCAAACUUCAGUGGCAACAAAUGCACCACCGGAGGCUAAAGGUCGACGCACCAAUAAAAGCUGGUCAGAAAGUAGCGCACACGAUAAACAUCAGAGAAAGCGGUAAAUAUUAGUGUAAAAAAAGGUAGUGCUAUAUAGAGCGAUUCGAUGAUAAGAAUACACUUCAGUGCGGUGCGGGUCUGAUAAGUAGAAGGGGUAGUUCAACAGGGGUCUAAUAACUAGCAGGACCUAAUGAUGCUGUAUGCAAAAAAAUGUUACCUUGUACAUAGGUUUAUUUGUUUAAAGGUCGUUUGUACAUAUAAUCCAUAUAACUUGCUAUAUGAACGAGGCUGAGAAAAAAAAUAGUCUUACAUGCAUGCUCAUUAGAUUUUGCUGCAUGUUUUAUUUGCAUAUGAUUGUACAAGAUAAAAACAAAGUUUACGCAAAAUCUAGAGAGAGAGAGAGAGAGAAA